AUGGAGAGCGCCCUGGGCCGACUGGACGCGGCCCGAUUCCUCGAAAUCUGGCAGCACUUCGAUGUCGAUGACAAGGGCCACAUAGAGGGACGGCAGCUGGACCACUUCUUUCGGCACAUGAUGAAGAAACUGGGUUUCGGUGACAAGGUGACCGAUGACAAGGUGCAGCAGCUUAAGAAGAGGUUCCUUCCCACUUAUGAUGCUGUAGCUGAUGGACACCUGCAGAUCGAAGAGCUGGCCAACAUGAUGCUCCCGGAGGACGAGAACUUCCUGCUGCUCUUCCGGCGGGAGACCCCAUUGGACAACAGCGUGGAGUUCAUGAGGAUCUGGAGGAACUAUGACGCAGACAGCAGUGGCUACAUAUCUGCCGUGGAGCUGAAGAGUUUCCUGCAGGACCUGUUCCACCAGCACAAGAAAGUGGUCUCCCUCAGCAAGCUAGAGGAAUACACCGACGCCAUCAUGAAAAUGUUUGACAAAAACAAAGACGGCCGAUUGGAUCUGAACGAUUUAGCCAGAAUCUUAGCUUUACAAGAGAACUUCCUGCUGAAGUUUAAGAUGGAUGCCUGCAGUCAGGAGGACCGGAGGCGGGACUUCGAGGCCAUAUUUGCACACUACGAUGUGAGUAAGACCGGAGCUUUGGAAGGACCUGAAGUGGACGGGUUUGUUAAAGACAUGAUGGAGCUUGUUAAGCCCAGCAUCAGUGGUGCCGACCUGGACAAGUUCCGUCAGGUUCUCCUUGGCCACUGCGACGUGAACAGAGACGGAAAGAUCCAGAAGAACGAGCUGGCCUUGUGUUUGGGGCUCAAACUCAACCCUUAAGACCCUUGGGAGUGCAGUAGGGCCCCUGAUGUGAUAGAAGUGGCUCUUCGGCUCUUCGAGUAUUGAAACAAGUAUUGGG